UUUGCUGCUACUAGCCACACUGUUUUUGUAUUCAUUACCUUCAGAAUAAUUUAUAUUUAUUUCUAUAAGAAAAACAAAUAUUCAAUUCUAAAUCAUAAAUCAACCCUGAUGAAUGCCAAAACCCCAACUUCCCAGUCGAUUGGAACCUCAGAAGCUUUGCAACUCGUAACGGACCCUAAAAAAGUCACCAAAGCGACGGACAUUCUUGAACCAUUACCAUGUACGACGGUAGAGCAAAAUUUGGACCACGUCCUGGAAGCUGUGAAAACGGUCGACCAAACUUGUGAUUUUAAGCGAUGUAAGCAGAAAACCAAUAUGAUGGGAUCGAACUGUGAUUUUUGCAAGCAGAGGUUUUGCUUCAAGCAUGGCCUACCGGAGAUUCAUGGCUGCGGGGAAGCCGUACGCAAACAGGAACGGGAAGAAUUUCUUCAUCCGUUACCGGCCAAAACGGUCCAGGCCCAGGAAGAUUUGAAAAAAGCACACGGUCGACUAGACCAGAAGCUAAAGCAGAUGAAUUUGUCACGGAAAGCGAAACCACCGGGUGCUGCUGGUGAAGGAUCAUCCGGUCGAGGAGGAAGCAAACGAAGGGGGAAGUCUUAAACUGUGAUUUAUUGAAAUACUUGAAGCUAAAUACAUUAAUUAAUAUGAAUCA